CUUGUCUAUCGCAUUGGUAGAGUCAAAUUAGUUAUUUGAAGUACUGACUGCCUCCACAAUCUUCAAACACUGGUCAAUUCUCCAUGAUUUUGGCAAGGAAUAAGUACGUGUGGAGGUUAUAUAAUCUGUUCCGCAAAUACCGGAGGUUCAUAGUCUUCACUCUAUUUGCCUUCAUAUCGGUCAACACCUUCCUAUACACCUUCCCGUCUGCACCAGAGUUUCCUGAAAUCUAUGAAGGGACAUUCAGAGGAAAGUAUUUAAAGACUAUCAGAAGCGCAGAUGACUUGAAAACAGACAACUUUUACACAAAGUGGUCUCUCAUCGGGUACCUCGAUGAUUUGGUAAAUGAGCCAAUCCAGAACCAGACGUUCCACAAUUCUGUGGAUCCGUUUUCAGUGCUUGACUCUUAUGAAACCAACAAUGAGUCUUUUGUCUACCAGCAGCUCCCGCUAUGGGACAGAAUAAACUUUUAUGCCGAUACGAUUUUACCGGAAUCAAACUUCACAUUCAGAGCUAUACAGGACAUCAUAUAUAAGGACGCAUAUUACAGCAAGAAAUUUAUCAACACGAGGUUGAAGAAAUGGUUGAAAAUUAAAGAGCAUUUGACCGAAAAGGAACAGGAACAGCUUGAUAUCAACGACGACUGGUUCGAAAAUGUCGUCAUCCAACUAAGAGAAAAGAAAUUGGAGCACAAUCAAAUAUCAGCCACCGAGAUCAAACAUUCUUUGAGACACUUCAAACUUUUUUCCAACUUGUUUCUGAAAACAGAGAAUGACGCUGAGCUCAUCAACUCUCCCCAGGCCCCCGAAUACGCCAAACAAUGUUCAGCUAUCUCCAAAAAACUAUUUCCAUGGUUAACUGGUGAGACUCCAAAGUUUAGAUCAUAUGAUAAAAAAUUGGUGGAAAAGAAGAUUGAUCCUUAUUCAGACGCCAAUUCUCAACUAGCAAACAAUUGUUUUAUCAAAAUGUUGCAGUCCAAGAUGAAGGGUAGAGGCAUUGUCUUCACCACUAAUGAUUCACUGGUACCAGAGUUAGCUGCCAUAUUAUCAAUUUUAAGAUUAACAGGUAACACAUACCCUAUUCAGAUUUUCCAUAAUAAUGAUUUAUCAAUUGAGUCGAUCAAAAUCAUUAACAACAUUGCCAACGAUCCAAUCAUGAAGUUACCAAAAUCUAUACCAGAAUUCAAAGUGCCUAAGAAGCCUGUGACUCUAGAUAUCACAUAUGUUGAUGUUUCAAACACCAUUUCAUUUACAUUUAAGAAAUACUAUUCCCAUUUUGGUAUGAAACUCCUCGCCUAUUUGUUUAACAGUUUUGAGGAAAUGAUCAUGUUGGAUACAGACACUGUUAUAGUGGAGCCUUUGGAGACAUUUUUCAGUUCACCAGAGUACCUCCAAAAUCAUGCCUACUUUUUCAAAGACAGAGAUGCAAACUCGUUUUUGUACGAAGGGAUUGUCGAUUAUUUUAAGUCGUAUUUGAAUUAUGAUCACGAAAUGCAUUAUUUAGGCUUACCUAAAGUUGACGAUAAAGUGUUGAAUAACAGAUUCUUUGGCGGAAUGGCAAGACAUUUUAUGGAGUCAGGCUUAUUUGUUAUUAAUAAGAAAGAAAAAUUUGAUGGUGUUGUUGCUUCUCUUUUGUUACAGAUGUUCAAGCUAUUUUCUGGAUCAUUACAUGGUGAAAAAGAGUUUAUAUGGCUUGGUCAAGAGAUAAUGGGACAGCCAUAUGCCUUCAAUUCUAAUCCUGCAAUCGCAAUUGGAGAACUUUCCCCUGACAAAGGACUGGUCAGUCAUGAAUUAUGUUCAACUCACCCGGCUCAUAUCACAAAAGAUUAUAACUUAUUAUGGUUUAAUUCUGGAUUCUUGACAUGUAAAAAGCCAGAGUCAUAUUAUAAAGAUAUCAAUUACGAGAGAAACCAGCAAAAAUCAUUGAUUGAGCUUAAGAAGGAAUAUCUAUCUCCACUACAUAUUACACAUGGUUUGAUUCCACCUCCAGCUGAAUUUUCAGUCAACAUGAAGAACGGUGAGCCCACUAGAGGAUGGGCAAUGACAUCGGAAUGCUCCAAUUACUUAUGGUGUUCAUAUGAUAUAAUUGGGGGAGGUAAAAACCCAAGUAUCCCACAAGGAAGUGUCAUUUCUUUCCACGAAAAUGACAUUAAAAAAUGGGAUUAUCUAGGGCGCUUGUGGGUCAAUUAUUUCAAUAUUGGUUAUUUAGGUAGCUCAGAUCACGGAUAUAUUGAAGGUGAUGCCUAUGAUGAGCUUGGAUUGGAUGAUUUGGAUGUUUUCAAGAUGAAACAUGACGAAGAAGAUGAAGAUGUUGAUCUUUCACUUCUAGACGACUCGGGCCUUGAUGGUAUCUCAGGUGAUGAACUACCAUCUGAAAGUGAGUCUGACUUUACCUCUUAUGUUGAGAGAGAGAAGAAAAAGCCAGAUCUUUCAAGAGGGAAAGCUAAUAUGAAGCCAAAAAUAAUAGAUGAUGAUCAGGAUGAUUCUGAUGUGUUAAGCAUUGUGGAUGAAGAACAUGGUAUCACAAAAGAGUUUAAGGAAGAUUUUGGGGGGAGAUACUGAUGAAUUCCUGAUGAAUUCCUUAUAAACUGUUCAUUUAUACUACAACUCCAUGCUCAAUGCCUGUUUUAUUUAUGUCAAUGGUUAUUUUUGACAGUCUUUAAAUUUCAAGUUUAGUGACUUGUAUACAAUUUCUUUUUUCCUUGUUUUUCCACCCUUGCCUUCCUUUCCUUAGUUGCAUUUUUCUACGUAACGAUUCUGUAAAUUAUCCUGGAAAUUAUUAAUUAUUAUAUUAUUAUAUAGUUGACCUAUU